AACGGAGCUCUCUGUAGACCGUCAAAGUAAGCUGAUCCAUCGAGCUGCGCGACGAUGGCACUGCAGCGUGCUGCCUCCGUGCUCGCCGCCGCACUGGCGUUUGCAUCCAUACUUAUUACUGGCCCGGUGCAGUCCGUGGGCGUGUGCUACGGGAUGAACGGCGACCACCUCCCGUCGCCGGCCGAGGUCGUGCAGCUCUACAAAUCCAACGGCAUCACCGCCAUCCGCCUCUACAAGCCGGACGUCCAGACGCUCCGGGCCCUCAAUGGGAGCAACAUCGCCGUCCUCAUCGACGUGGCCGACGAGACCGUGACCCGCCUCGCUUCCAGCGUCCCCGGCGCACAGCUCUGGGUGCGGUUCUACAUCCAGCACUACCCGGGGAUCUCCUUCCGGUACAUCUCCGUCGGCAACGAGCUCACCGGCGCCGCCACGCAGAACAUCGUCCCGGCCAUCAAGAACCUCAACGCCGCGCUCGAUGCCGCUGGCAUCAAGGGCAUCAAGGUGUCGACGGCGGUCAGGCUGGACGUGCUCGCCUCCUCCUCGCCGCCCUCCUCCGGCGUCUUCAAGGACGGCUACAUGAACCAGGUCGUGGCGCUCCUCGGCACCACGGGCGCGCCGCUGCUGGUCAACGUGUACCCCUACUUCGCCUACAUCGGCGACCAGAAGGACAUCGACCUCAACUUCGCACUCUUCCAGCCGAGCUCCACGGUCGUCAGGGACGGCGGGCUCAGCUACACCAACAUCUUCGACGCCAUGGUCGACGCCGUGCACGCGGCGCUGAGGAAGGCCAACGUGCAGGUGCCCGUCGUGGUUUCCGAGAGCGGCUGGCCGUCCGCUGGAGGCGUCGGCGCCAGCGUGGCCAACGCGCAGACGUACAACCAGAAUCUCAUCAAUCACGUCGGCAAGGGCACGCCCUAUAGGCCCCAGCCGCUGGAGGCCUAUGUGUUCGCCAUGUUCAACGAGAAUCUCAAGCCGGGGGCUGAGACGGAGAAGCACUUUGGGCUGUUCAAUCCGGACAAGUCGCCGGUGUACCCUAUUAGAUUCUGAAUGUUUCGUGUCUGAAAUUAGUGACGAUUUCAAUAAAUUAAACUGCAAAAUUCAU